AGGCCCAGUUGGGAAGUCAUGGAGUUGGGCAAUGGCACUAGCCAUGACCUGGCCUUACCACCCACUACCUGCACCUACCGUGAGAACUUCAAGCAGCUUCUACUGCCACCUGUGUACUCAGUGGUGCUAGCAGCUGGCCUACCACUCAACACCUGCGUUAUUGCCCAGAUUUGCAUGUCCCGUCGAGCCCUGACCCGCACAGCCGUGUACACACUGAACCUGGCCUUGGCUGACCUGAUGUAUGCCUGCUCCCUGCCCCUGCUCAUCUAUAACUAUGCCCGUGGUGACCACUGGCCCUUUGGUGACUUCGCCUGCCGCCUAGUCCGAUUCCUCUUCUAUGCCAACCUGCACGGCAGUAUCCUCUUCCUCACCUGCAUCAGCUUCCAGCGCUACCUGGGCAUCUGCCACCCUCUGGCCCUCUGGCACAAACGUGGGGGCCGCCGGGCUGCCUGGCUAGUGUGUGGAGCUGUGUGGUUGGCGGUGACCGCCCAGUGCCUGCCCACAGCUGUCUUUGCCACCACAGGCAUCCAACGUAACCGCACUGUCUGCUAUGACCUAAGCCCGCCAGCCCUGGCCACCAGCUACAUGCCCUAUGGCAUGACCCUCACAGUUAUUGGCUUCCUGUUGCCCUUUGCUGCUCUACUGGCCUGCUACUACUGCAUGGCCCACCACCUGUGCCACCAGGAUGGUCCAGCAGGGUCCAUGGCUCAGGAGCGACGUGGCAAGGCGGCCCGCAUGGCUGUGGUGGUGGCAGCUAUUUUUGUCAUCAGUUUCCUGCCUUUCCACAUCACCAAGACAGCCUACCUGGCAGUGCGUUCUACACCUGGAGUCUCCUGCCCCAUGCUGGAGACCUUUGCAGCCGCCUACAAGGGCACAAGGCCCUUUGCCAGCGUCAACAGUGUGUUGGAUCCCAUCCUCUUCUACUUUACCCACAAGUUCCGCCGGCGACCACAAGAGCUACUGCAGAAACUCACAGCCAAGUGGCAACGACAAGAUCGCUGA